AGCGACAUUAUAAUUACAGAACAAACCAAACUGUAAAUUUAUUCAUACUAAUAACACAUAUAAUAGUACUUUGCAUUCAGCAGAAAUAGCUUUGCAACUGUUGUGAGAUAUGGCAUUCAUCUAUUCGCUAUCCUGCUAUAAUUUUUCAAAAUAUUGCUGAACAGUCAUUAUUUUGGCAGUACUUGUAUCUUCUAAAUCAAUACCGUCUCCUACUUUUUUUGCGGGAAAUUAUUCAGAAGAACCUCUCCUACAACAUAUUUAGAUGGCAAUAAAAUCGAUGUGGUGUAAUUUUUUACGCAAUUUUACCAUAUCUUCUUUGCAAAAGUUAUAAUAUCAAAACAAAAAAAAAUUGCAAAAAAUAUAUAUAAAAACCUAGAAAAAAAAUCUACAUGCGUUAUAUAUAUAAAGUUACAUUUAUAUAAAGUAAAUGACAUUUAUAUUUUUGUGUUCACGUAUGACGUUAUCAGUGAUGUCUGAAGGUAAUAUGAAAAGCAGCGGCAUAACUGCUAAUGAUUUCAGUAAAGGAUUGACUUUCGGAAAGUGUGUCUCGAAGGUAGGAAAGAGAGAGAGAGAGAGAAGAAGAAGAGAUAAAAUAAACAUAUUAAUUAUUCUAAUUUGUUUCCGGCAGUUUAAAGUGUUGUCGAAUCUUGUAAAAUCUUCGAAAUUUUGAGAUUUUCGAUAGUGCAACAACAUGAAUAAGGACACAACUCGCAUGAAACGGAAUCCUAAGGAGACUGCGAAUAUCUUUAGUCAGCUAUUUCUCUGGUGGACGCUAAACUUGUUUCUAAAAGGCUCAAAGACAGAUCUGAAAGAAUCUGACAUUUAUCAACUUUUAAAAGAAGAUGACUCUGAAAAAGUCACAGAUCAUCUCGAAGAAUACUGGAAUCGCGAAUUGGAAAAGCUAAAGAAACUCGAAUAUACUGUGGGUAAAGACGGGCAGAAAGUGCCGUUGAAAGGAAAUGCACGUCCGAGACUAUACAAGGCGCUCUGCGGUGCCUUUUGGUUGCCAUAUUUCAUUAUCGGAAUCUAUGUAUUUAUACAGAUAUGCAUAUUGCGCGUUUUAAUACCGAUUUUGCAAGGUUGGAUCAUCAGCUAUUUCAUUGAGAAACCGAACUCAACGGACAAGAUAGGGAAAAACGAGACAAUGAUUUAUGUCGCUUGUUUAGUGAUCUGUACCUUCAGUAGCGCCCUGUUGUCAAACCACACUACAAUAAUGUCACAACAAUUUGGCAUGAGAUUACGCGUUGCCUGCAGCUCCCUCAUCUACAGAAAGAUAUUGCGAUUGAAUCAAACAUCUUUAAGCCAAACCGGUGCUGGACAGAUUGUGAAUCUUCUCAGCAACGAUGUCAAUCGAUUCGAUUCAUUAUCAUUGUGUCUGAAUUUUAUAUGGAUUAUGCCUUUUCAGGUCAUAAUUGUGGGAUACCUAAUGUGGCAUAAAAUCGGUGUCUCGAUUUUUGUUGGCAUCGGUUUAUUGUUGAUCAUCAGCCUACCGAUACAGGGAACCUUCAGUUUGCUAAGCCGUAACAUAAGGGCCAAGAUUGCGCCACUGACCGAUCGACGAGUGCAGCUGAUGAACGAGCUUAUAGCUGGGAUACAGGUGAUAAAAAUGUACGCCUGGGAAAAACCGUUCAGCAAGAUUGUAUCGAUAACGAGAGCGCUGGAAAUCGAGAAGAUUCAAUUCUCAUCGUACGUGCGUGCUUUGUAUUUGGCUAUCAUAGUGUUUACCGAAAGGCUCCUUCUUUACUUUACAUUAAUAAUGUUCGUAUUAUCGGGAAAUAAUCUGAAUGCUGAUGUAACUUACACUCUUACAUCAUUUUUCAACGUUCUUCAACUCACCGCGGCCUUGUACUUUCCGCAAGCCCUCGUAUUAUUGGGCGAAACGAUGGUGUCUUUAAAUCGAUUGGAAGAUCUUCUGCUGAUGGACGAAAUAAAUAAGGAAUGCUUUAAAGGAACGCCGCGUUUGCCUACAGACGAAAAAGUGAGCAAAGCGACUGUUACAAACAAUCAAAUAGACAUCUCCAACAAUAAAAGUUCCGAGCAGGAAUUGUAUCAUAGCCGUCCAGUUUGCGUGAAGCUUCAUCGCGUCUCCGCAAACUGGAUCAAUGGUCAACUGCCACCGACAUUGUGCGAUGUUUCUGCGAUCAUCAACCCGGGCGAGCUGUAUGCUUUGGUUGGCCCCGUGGGUUCCGGUAAGUCUUCCGUCCUCCAUCUGCUGCUGAAAGAGCUGAAUCCCGGCGCGGGUACCGUGGUUUUUACGCAUGACUCUUCGAAUAAUGUUUCUUACGAUAAAAUGGUUAACGGUUAUCACAUGGACAACUUGAAUCUGCGCAUCUCCUACGCCAGCCAAGAACCCUGGCUCUUCGGUGGCACUGUAAAGGAUAAUAUAUUGUUUGGCCAACCCUUCGACAGAGUCAGAUACAAUGAGGUGACAAACGUGUGCGCAUUGAGAAAGGACUUCCAACAGCUUCCCCAGGGCGAUAUGACAAUAGUUGGUGAAAGAGGUGUGUCUCUCUCCGGAGGUCAAAGAGCGCGGAUAAAUCUCGCGAGGGCGGUCUACAGGCAAGCGGAUCUUUAUUUGCUCGACGAUCCUUUGAGCGCGGUAGACAUCCAUGUCGCCAAACAUCUCUACAAAAAAUGCAUCACCGAGUAUCUCCACGGAAAGACGAGGAUUCUUGUCACUCACCAGUUGCAAUUUAUAAAACGCGCGAACCACAUUAUCGUGCUGGAUCGAGGUUUCGUAAAGAUGCAAGGAAGCUAUAACGAAUUGGUGAAAUCAAGCAAAGAUUUCAUUGAGAUGAUGAAUGAAUUGACGACAAGCCAUGAAACACAAAAGAAAGAAGAAAACGCGAGAAGAAUCUCGGAAAUGUCUUCGAAGAAUAUUUCGAUAUUCAGGCGUACUUCGGAAGUGACGAUUGCAAGCUCCAUCGUUUAUUCGGACAUCAACGAUUCCGGCUAUGCGGAAAACAAUCCGGACGGUGAAGCGAUGAUGCACGGGCAGGUAUCCAGCAAGGUGUACAGAAAAUAUUUGCAUCACGGUGGCAACUACUUUACUCUGUUCGUGCUGCUGCUAUUCUUCAUCAUCAGCCGGGUCGCUCUCACUGGCAACGAUUACUGGGUUUCGUACUGGACCAAUAUGGAACAACUCAGGCAAAAUCAAGACACUGUCGAUGCCAAUCGAGUCAGUAAAAAGUACAUGGACACGCGUAACGACAGCUUCCUGGCAUCGAUCAUCACCCUGAAUUCGGAUGGUCUGCUCAGUACCAUAGACGCCAUAUACGUUUACACAUUCUGCAUUCUCACUUGCACCGCUACCACAUUGUUCUGCAGCUUCUUCUUUAUGAAAAUCUGCAUGAACUCCAGCGUCAACUUGCACAACACGAUGUUCUCCAAUUUGUUGCAGGCACGCAUGUCCUUUUUCCAUACCAAUUCUUCCGGGCAAAUCUUAAAUAGAUUCUCAAAGGACAUUGGCACAAUAGACGAAAUGCUACCCAAAAUAAUCCUAGAGGCAUUUCAGAUAGACAGUGCAUUACUGGCUAUACUAAUCAUAGAGUCGAUACUUAAUCGAUGGAUGAUAAUACCGAUAAUAAUACUGGUUAUUUUAUUUUUUUUUAUAACAAAGUUUUACCUUAGGACCGCUCAAAACCUCAAACGUCUUGAAGGAGCAAAAGCCCGUUGUUUUCACACAUAAACACUACGCUGAACGGAUUGCCGACGAUCAGAAGCACCGGCAUCGAGAAGAUGAUGCGAAACAAGUUCGAUGCAUUGCAGG